AUGCUAACAAAUUGGUACAGAGGUUUCUUUUCUUUUUUUUGCAGAAAUAUGAAAAGAACAAAACAAAGUCAUCCGCACAACAUCGGCCAUCUCUCUAUGAUUCACUCUCGCCGGCGACUUCAUCACCUUCGACGACAACACCUCGAAGCUACGACGCGGACAACUGAAGCUCCAGCCGCACCCUAUCUCCACAGACUUCACGCGUACAGACCGCCUUGCCGUUCAACCAGCUUCGGCCUUCCUCACAUCGCGAUUGCAACACCGGCCGAUCUCGCUGCACGACACCAUGAACAACCAGCCAACGCUCUACUCAACGUCUGA